UUAUUCAAAAUAAAGAUCCGGCGCGGUGUGCUAAAUGUUUUUAUAAAUUAUUAAUUUAAAUUAAAAACGUUUAUCAUUUUAAAGUUUAUCAGUCAUUUUCAAAGAUUAAUUUACUUUGCAAUUUACUCUUUAAAAUGCCUCGUUCCAGUACAAAAGUUGAAGCGGGAGUUGUGGCGCUCAAAAGGGGCAAAGCGACGAAAAGAAAUAUACCGAACUCCUCACAAGAUGUAAAUGAGUAUAGUGGAGAAAACAUAUCAGAAGAUCAAAUGAAAGAUGAGGAGGUAACGGUGGAAAAUAAGAUGAAGGAUAAGGCGAAUAACUUUAGUAAUGUUGAGAAGGCUAAAGAUUCAGUUGCAACUACACUUGCAGAUUUAAAACAGUUUGUGUACAAACCUAUGAGUCCACAGCGUCCGCACAUAAAAAUAGAAUAUGAUGAACCAGAAUCUCCAGAGAAAAAGGAGUCAAAAGGCCUGUGGGAGCCUCUACAUUGGCGAGAGUUUCUUGUAAACCUGAGGAACAUGAGAGCAAACUACGAUGCUCCUGUCGACUCUAUGGGUUGCCACAUGUCCAUGGAUCAUGGAGCAAAGCCUGAGGUAAUAAGAUAUCAAAGCCUGAUCUCCCUGAUGCUAUCCAGUCAAACCAAGGAUCAGGUGACAUUCGCCGCGAUGGAGAGACUCCGAGCCAGGGGACUCACUGUCGAUAACAUCCUGAAAAUGAGUGAUGAAGAACUGGGACAGCUAAUUUAUCCUGUUGGCUUCUGGAAGACAAAAGUGAAAUACAUAAAGAAGACAACUCAGACCCUCAAGGAGCAGUAUAAUGGAGACAUUCCGGACUCUGUAGACAAGUUGUGCAAGCUGACGGGUGUCGGCCCUAAAAUGGCCCACAUCUGUAUGAAGGUUGCCUGGAAUAAAGUCACUGGCAUUGGUGUAGAUACUCAUGUCCAUAGGAUCAGCAACAGAAUAGGUUGGGUCAAGAAACCAACUUCGACCCCCGAAGAUACGCGGAAAGCGUUAGAAACUUGGUUACCAUUCGAUCUCUGGAGUGAAGUUAACCUUCUCAUGGUUGGGUUUGGUCAGACCAUCUGCUUGCCUAUAGGACCAAUGUGCCAUGAGUGCCUGAACAACGACAUCUGCCCUUCAAGUGGUCUAGGACGGAAAACUCCUAAAAAAACCCCUUCAAAAACACCAAGUAAAAAAUCUCCAGCAAAUAUAAAAGAGGAAGACAUGUUACAAGUCAAGAAGGAAUUAGACUUGGAUAGCAAAGAGAAGUCUCUUCGAAAGAGAAAGGUGACUCCAAAAAAAGAAGUAAAAGCUGAGAAUACAGCUAAAGAGGAUGAUAUGGAUGAUUUUGAGGUGAAAAAUGAAAAAUUGUCAGUAAAACCAGUUGCGAAAAAAUCUUCUCCAGCAAAGAAACGGAAGGUUACUCCUAAAAAAGAAGUAGGUGAUACUGAUAAUAAACAAGCUAUGGAAAGCACUAAAUCUACAAGCAAUUCCAAAAUGCUUGAUGAUCAGAAAGAAUCGGUAAUUCAGAAAUCUAGAACUAAAAAGAGUAAUGCAAAUAUAGAAGUUGGAAGUUCUGUUGGAACAGUUACAAAUGACACAAAAAGAAAAACAAGAUCUGCAAAAAAGUAGAUAUACAUAUAAGUUGUUUUAUAUAAAGGGUUAAUGUUUUAGUAUUGGCUGUUGUUAAUUGUGCUGAAUCAUGGAAUUGUUUUUGAAAGGUUUUUCUUAUACAAAACCAGUAUUAGUUAUAAAUUAAGUAUUGCAUGUGAUCUUAAAUUAAAAUACUUUAAUUGUAAACAAGUACCUCUUAGUUUAAUUAACAAAUAAAAUUGUAUUUUUUUA